AUGCAACUUCUUUCUGCAAGAAACAGAUUUGUCCCAAACUACAAGUGUGAUAUUCAGGACAAUCUAACUGUAGUCAUUGGAGGACUAUAUUCUGAUACCUCCACCCAGAUUGCAAAUGUUUUGGACAUCUACAAGAUUCCUCAGCUUUUGUAUGGCUUUGGUCCAGGGGUGACUGAUAAAACACAUGUCCCUUCCUUCUUUCGGAUGGUUCCAAAUGAAGCCCAUCAGUAUGGAGGACUCCUCCAAUUACUACUUCACUUUGGAUGGAUAUGGACUGGAUUUAUUGCUGACAAUUAUGAAAAUGGGGAGAGGUUUGUACAGAACAUGCUACCAACAUUUCUUAGUCAUGGCAUCUGUUUUGACUUCAUUGAAAUUUAUUCCCAGUUACGGUUCUACGAUGACCUUUUCAACAUGAACCAAUGGGUAUAUCAAGUAUAUGCUAAAGUCAUGAGUAGCACAGCCAUUUCAAUAAUAUUCUAUGGAGAAGCUAAUUCCAUGAUAACACUGAGAUGGAUGCUAUAUUCACCAAACACAGCAGAUACAAUCCACAAUGGGAAGUAUAAACUCUGGAUUCUGACAGCCCAAAUGGAAUUUGCAGCAUUUGCUUUACAAAUAAAUUGGUGUGUCCAUGCCCUCCAUGGGGCCAUAUCAUUUGCAAUCCACACCAAUGAGCUACUUAGAUUCCAGACCUUCCUUCAAAGUAAAAACCCUUUCAGAACAAAAGAAGAUGAUUUUCUAAAUAUUUUCUGGGAGCAAGCCUUCCAAUGUAAAAUCCCAAGUUCAAGCAUCACAGAAGAAGAGGCUGUCAAAAUCUGCACUGGAAAGGAGAGACUAGAAAACAUUCCUGGGCCUCUUUUUGAAAUGAACAUAACUGGCCACAGUUACAAUGUCUACAAUGCUGUGUAUGCAGUGGCUCACGUUUUACAUGCCAUGCAUUUGUCCAAUUUCAAAGGCCCAACACUGAAAAAAAGAAAACUUCAGAAUCAUCACCCAUGGCAGCUCUAUCAUUUUCUGAAACGUAUAUCAUUUAACAACACUGCUGGAGACAAAAUUUCCUUUGAGCAGAAUAGAGUGCUAGUUAUAGGAUUUGAUAUUAUCAACUGGGUCACAACAACAAAUACAUCUUUCAAUAGAGUAAAAGUUGGGAGGAUUGACCUCCAGGUUCCACAGGAUGAUGCCUUCACCAUUCAUGAAGAUGCCAUUGUGUGGCACAGCUCUUUUAACCAGGCAGGUUUCAAUGUGGUGACUAAGAACUAUCAACAUGUCUUGGCCUUGGAAUUUGCAAUAAAGGAGAUCAAUGAAAAUCCCUUCAUUUUACCCAAUGUCACCCUGGGAUUCCACCUGUAUGAUAUCUACUCUGAUGCCAGAUUGACCUAUCAAGCCACAAUGCAACUUAUUUCCAUGAAGAACAAAUUUAUUCCCAACUACAAGUGUGGCCUCAAGUACAAACUAAGUGCAGUCAUCGGGGGACUUCACUCAGAGACCUCUCACCUGAUAGCAAAUAUUUUGGAUAUCUAUAGGAUUCCACAGCUCCUGUAUGGCUCUACUCCAGUGAGGACAUGUAAAACUGAAUUACUUACCCCUUAUCGGAUGGUUCCAGAUGAUGCCCUUCAAUAUCUAGGAAUUCUUCAGUUACUCCUCCAUUUCAAAUGGAUAUGGAUUGGAUUCAUCGCUGAUGAUAAAGAUAAUGGAGAAAUGUUUCUGGAGUUCAUGCUUCCAUUGUUUUCUAAGAGUGGAAUAUGUUUAGCUUUCACAGAAACAUGCCCUCAGAAUGUAAGCUUUGAUGAUUAUAAGGAAGACAUCAUAAGGAAAGGGUCUGAAAUGUAUGAAAAAGUCAUGAGCAGUGGAGCUAAUGCUUUGGUCUUCUAUGGAGAAGCUGAUUCCAUCAUAUUUUUGAGAUGGAUGCUAUACUUCCCAGAAAUAGAAGUUAGUUUAUGCAAACCGAAGGGUAAAGUCUGGAUUCUUACUGCUCAGAUGGAGAUAAAAUCACUUGUCUUUCAGUGGGCUUGGGAUAUACAGGUCAUCCAUGGUGCUCUGUCUUUUGCAAUUCAUUCCAAAGACCUGCAGCAAUUCAAAGCAUUUAUUCAGGGAAGGAACCCUUCCAGUGCAACAGGAGAUGGUUUGAUCAUUGAUUUUUGGGAACAGGCCUUUCGCUGUGUUUUCCCCAAUACUCUCUGGGGUCAAAUUGAGGGUGACAUCUGCACUGGAGAGGAGAGACUGGAGAACCUUUUGGGACCCUUUUUUGAAAUAAGCAUGACUGGCCACAGCUACAGCAUCUAUAAUGCUGUCUAUGCAGUGGCCCAUGCCUUGGAUGCCAUGUUCCUAUCUAACUUCAGACCUAGAACAAGGACGGAAGAAGAUGGGACAAUAAAACUGAAUUAUCAGCCAUGGCAGCUUCACUUCUUUCUGAGGCAAGUCUCAUUUAACAACAGUGUAGGAGAUAAAAUAUUUUUUGACCAGGAUGGAAUGGUAGUAGCAGGAUUUGAUGUCAUAAACUGGAUUACAUUCCCAAAUCAGUCCUUUGCUAGAGUAAAAGUUGGAAGAAUGGAUCCCAAAGCCCCUAAUCCUGACCAGGCAUUUACCAUCAACAAUGAUGCUAUUGUGUGGCACAGCUGGUUUAACCAGGCACAGCCUCUUUCUGUUUGUAAUGACAAUUGUCGUUCUGGAUAUAGCAAGCAGAAGAAGGAAGGGAAGCCAUUCUGCUGUUAUGACUGCAUUCCAUGUUCAGAAGGAAAGAUAUCUACACUAAAGGAUACAGCUGACUGUUUUCAGUGCCAAGAAAAUCAUUAUCCAAACAAAGAUCAUAAUUCAUGCAUCCCCAAGAGCAUAGACUUUUUGUCAUAUGAAGAACCGCUGGGGUUUGGCUUAUUUCUUGGGAUUCUUACAUGUUCCUUGAUAACAGCUCUGGUCCUAGGGAUAUUUCUGAAGCGCCACAACACCCCUAUUGUCAAAGCCAACAACCGGAAUCUCUCAUAUAUUCUCCUCAUCUCCCUCUUGCUCUGCUUUCUUUGUGCAUUACUCUUCAUUGGCAAACCUACUCAGGUGACCUGUCUUCUCCGACAGACUACUUUUGCUAUUACAUUCUCAGUGGCUGUUUCUUGUGUGUUGGCAAAAACCAUGACUGUUGUUUUGGCUUUCAUGGCCACCAAUCCAGGAUCAAGAAUGAAAAAAUGGAUAGGGAGAAAACUAGCCACUUCCACUGUCCUUUGCUGUUCCCUUAUUCAAGCGAGUAUUUGUGCUGCAUGGCUGACAACCUCUCCCCCAUUUCCUUCUGCUGACACACAUUCAGUGCCUAAUGAAAUUCUCUUGCAGUGUAAUGAGGGAUCAGUUGGAAUGUUUUACUAUGUUUUUGGAUAUUUGGGUUUCUUGGCAUUGGCAAGUUUCACUGUGGCUUUCCUUGCCAGGAAGUUACCUGACGGUUUCAAUGAAGCCAAGUUCAUCACUUUCAGCAUGUUGGUCUUCUGCAGUGUUUGGCUCUCCUUUGUUCCAACCUAUCUGAGCACUAAAGGGAAAUACAUGGUGGCUGUGGAGAUCUUUUCUAUCUUAGCCUCUGGUGCUGGGCUGUUGGGCUGUAUCUUUUCCCCCAAAUGUUACAUUAUUUUGCUGAAGCCUAAGCUAAAUACACGGCAACAAUUAACAAGGAGAACCCCCUAA